UGUCAGUGUGCAGCUUCUUUGUCCCCUGUGUGUUUAUGCUCCUGUCUGAAAGGAGAGAAGACAGAAAUCAGACAAGACACAGGAGAACAAAGGAGAAGCAGGAGGAGACACAGGGACAAAGUGACAGAGAGACAGGAGCCUCCAGAUGUUGAAAGAUGAGUUGGACAUAAAGUUGUCAUGUUGCUUUGGUUGAGGUAAAUGUAGCCUCCUUGUCUGUGCAUCGUCAUAUGGUGGUUUGUGGAGGUUCUUCAGACUUGGAGUAACAGGCUUUGAACCGGCAAAAGCAAGACAGAGAUGCAACUAAAGGCAAUUUCUUUGUCUAUUGAACUAAAGCCCAGGACAAACAACUGGGGGACAUGUCUUUAUAAGACAACCCCACUUCUCAGCUCGAGAUCAUCCACUAGCUGGCUGCAGGAGAGCACAAGUGAAAUGAAAAUGUUGGUAAUAUGUUGACAAUUACUCAGUUUUUAUAUCAAGUAUUAUUACUUUAUAAACAUAUUUAAUAUUACAUUAUAACAUCCUGUAUAAAUCAGUGUCCUCACAGUUUGGGUUUGACUUCACACAAACAGAAAGCAGAAAUAUUCUCCUUUAGACUCUCAGGACUGUACAGAUGGGCUGACAUGUAACAUUUCACUGUAAUAACCUGGUGGCACAAAUGAUGUAUAUAGUUAUAUUUACAGGACAGUCUCAUAAAACUGAUAAGUGUUUAUAUCGUAGAAACCUCAUUCAGGCCACAGGUGACCUCCCAGUCUGUUCUGCUGGAACAACAUCUGGAUUCUUCCUCUAAUGAAACUGUUUUCUCACAGAGAGAAGAUGAUGUGGAUCCUUCUGCUCUUCAUCCUGACCUCCUCUGUCUGGGGGACAGUUGUUCUGAAAAUGACUCAAACCUUCUACCAGACUGAGGAGAACAAUAGUAUCAGCAUCAGAUGGGACACUGAGAAUAAAACUGACCUGUCUCUCAUCAACCUCGUCUGUUUCCUGUCUGAGGGUCUUAAGUGUUUAUUUGACAUGAGAAACGGCGUUGAGGUUCCAGAGUCUCAGCAUCAGCAGUUUGCAGGUCGGGUUCAUUUGGACAAAGACGCUCUGAGAGACGGACGAGUCACACUUCAUCUGUCCAGAGUCACAGCUGAAGACUCUGGGUCUUACUGGUGUGAACUGGCUGCUGAUUAUGACCAGGUCAAGAGGCGAUGGACGCUCCUGACAUCAGGUAAGUCAACUCUGCUACUGCUGGAGGUCAGGACUGAAAACAAGGUCAUGGAGCUUAGAGAAGACUCUGAUGCCAGCUCAGUCUACAGUUCUCUUAUAGACAUGGACCAUGGCUCUAAACAUGCUUUGAGAAAUGUAAUCAGCAUCACCAGCGAUAGCACUGUGGUGCUAACAGGAAAAUCAGGUGGACUAACAGCCAGACUCAUAAAGGACGUCCCUGACAUCUAG